CACGCGACUGGAGUGAAACCGGAGACUAUCUCCAUAUAGUACUCUAGUUCUCGAAGAAUACUUCUUCAGUGCGGUCAGUCGUACUCUAACGGUGUGCUCUGGUUGUGCUUUAGUGAUCGAAGUGGUGUAGUCGGAUGAUGUCCUUUAUUUUCAACUAACGCCCCGUCAAAGAACACAUCAGAUCUCGAAAAUGCCGAAAUCAAUUUAUUUGCUGCUGGUAUUGGUUUUCACGUCUGAGGCCGUUCACGUCGACAACUGGCAUCCCGUCCUUCAUUCGGACCUUUACGAUGGAAUCAAAACCAUUCAUACAUCACAUCCCACGGGUUAUUCGACUCACACUUUCCACCAAUCAUCAGACUCCUCGUCUUUGCACGGUUCUAGUAAUCAAUGCGAACUCUAUAAAGUCGGCUUUCUGCAAGACCUCUAUUUCCAAUACAUCCAAUACAAAACCCACAUCCCUGAGAUGAAAGAAUUCACAUUGUGUUUCUGGACGAAAUUCGCCAACCACAGCAACGACCAUCCUAUUUUUUCGUACGCAGUUGAUGGCCAACCUAAGGCGAUCUCGUCGUGGAUUUCCAACACGGACAGAUCGAGCUACUUCAGCUUGGCCGUCGAAGGACACACCUUCUACCGCCUCAACUACCCUCUCAGGAUCAACAAAUGGUACCACACGUGCCAGAGUUGGAACGGUAAAACCGGUGAAUGGCAAAUCUGGGUCAACGCGGAACGAGUAGGCCGUGGAUUCCACAAUAGGUUAGUCGGUCAUGUCAUCCCCUCCGGAGGGCUGGCCAUAACCGGCCAACAGCAAACCCAACUCGGGGGUGGCUUCCAAGAAGGCAAAGAUGCCCCCAAAGGCUCUGGGGGCAUGUUGGGCCAAAUCACGAUGGUACAACUUUAUAAAGUAGCUUUGACGGCGGGUAAAGCCCACCGCGAUCACAAGCACCACCAUGCCCACCAGUACGACCACAAUGGUAACCAAAUCACAACCCCAGCGCCGGUCACCCCCCGCCCCCGUAGCAACGUUCCAAGCCACCCCCUUCUCACCGGUGGCCAAAUCAACCAUAUGCUCAUGUUGAAUCUUGCCGGGGGACAACAACAGCCCCAAAUCGUCCCCGGACAGCAAUUUAGUGCCCAGUUGGUCAAUGGCCAAUUUGUGAAUAAUUUAGUUUCACAACAGUUGUCACAACAGCAGCCCCAAUUUGCCGGUACUCCACUUCUAAGUAGUGGCCUAGUACACCCCUCGUUGGUUAACCCCGCAAAUGUCCAAUUUAUAGACACCCCUAUUGACACCCACCAGUUGUUCAAGAGGGAGCAAAAAGAACCAAAAUUUGGUGAUAAACUUGAGAAAAAGGCCGAAAGUGAUGACAAAGAGAACAAACACAAGAAGCGCGAGUUGUAUUUAGGUGGGGGUACUAUAAUCGAGGAGGGUUUCCACGUUCCGUCUAAUUUUGAUCACGAGUUUUUGGAUGGCUUGGCCGGAAUUGGGGAAAACAGCCCCAUUUUGGAGGAACAAAAGCAAAACGACGAGAGAGAACCUGCCGAAGCUGAAGUCAAAGCCGUCAUGAAUGUCUGCAACGGAUGUGACGAGGAGCCCUUCGAAAAAGCCCUUGUGUUUGGCUGGAGAACCGUUCCCAAGAAACUCUACUCGGGGGCCUUCUAUUCACCGGCGGUGCCACAAUGUAAAGCGUUCUAAGUUCGACUGUUUUGUAAAUAAUUAGAUCACCUUCACCGCCAUUGCUUGUUGAUACAAGUCGAGUCAUGUCUGAGGGGACUUGUUUUGUUAAGUUUUUAACACCGUCAUUGAUCGUUAGAACUAGUAUUUAUAUUUUUGUAGAUUUAACCGCAAUAAAGUAUAGAUUUUCAAGA